UGACUCCACCACUGGGUGUCACUAAAAACACUUUACAUUUACAGAGAUGCUCUGCUGACAUCAAUCUGGAGAGGCGCUUUUAUUCAAAUGUACAGGUGUUAACAGUAGACUUUAGAUCAACCUUAUCCUUGACUCCUUCACUCGCUCCCUGUUAUUUUAGAAUUUAUUUUGAGAUCCAUUUAAGAGCUUGGCUGAGUCUAGUGUUGUUUUACAUCAUAGAAUAUUGAACGUUAUGAACCAUCUUGCAGCCUUAAACCCUCUAAUAGGACCCUACUGGUUAUUCCAAAGUACAGACUGAAUACUUAAGGCCCCAUACUUUGGAAGGACCAUGGAUGCACUUAAACGAACACACAAAGAUAUAAUAAUAAAUACUGUGAAAUUAUUUGCAAGAUUGGUUUCCAAAGGGAAGUCAGCUGCUGUGUCAUAAUGCACCACCCAUUUUCAGUAGGUGACAAGAUAGGACUGCAGGCAAACCAGUUCAUCAGCAGGACUCUUCUACUACAGAGCCAUGCUUUUGUAAUACCUGCAGAAUGUGGUUUUUCAUUGUCUUGCUGAAAUAUGAAGGUCUUCCCUGAAAAAAGUCAUUGUCUGGAUGGCAGCAUAUGUUGCUACUAAACCUGUACAUAUUGUUGAGCAUUAAUAGAACUUUCACAGGUGUGGGAGCUACCCAUGACAUGGACUCUGAUGAUCCUCAUAUCACCAGGGAUGCUGGCUUUGGACUGUGAGCUAAUAACAAGCUGGCAGGUCCGUCUCCCCUAUGAUGUUGUAUCCAUGGUUUCCAAAAAAGAAUGUAAAAUUUUAACUCUUCGGAUCAAAUUCCAUUUUAUAUGGACUUGUGUCUCCGGAUCAUGUUUUGAUCUGGUUUCCACUGUGCAUGGUUCAGUUUAACUUGGAUUUGUGGAUGCAUUGACAAAUUAUGUUCACAGAGACUGGUUUUUGGAGGAGACUUUGAGCCCAUGAGGUGACUUCCACUACAGAGUCUGUUUUAAUGCAGUGCUGAAGAUCAGGACCGUACAGUGUUGUUUUUGGUUCUUGUCCAUUUUGUACAGAGGUUCACUUUCACAUUCCACACUCAGGGACAUUAUUCUAAAACUGUUGAACUAUUAACUCACGCAGUCUCUCACAGAGUGGUGAACUUCUUUCCUUCUGACAGUCUCAGCCUCUCAGAAUGUCCUUUUCAUACUCAGUCAUAGUACUAACCUGUUGGAAAUUAACCUCAUUAGCUGGAGAUGUUCCCUCAGCUGUUUUUUGUAGCAUUACACAACUUUUAUCUGUUUAGUUCACAUAUGUCAGAGUCAAGGCCCGCGGGCCACAUCCGGCCCGCGAGAAGGUUUUUUACGGCCCCUGGGAUGAUCUUGAUUUAUUAUUAGAACCGGCCCGCAGACCGCAGCAAGCCGGCAGCCCGCAGAUCUUUUACACGCACCAAUACUACAUUUCCCACAAUGCAACGGUGACGCACCGAGCAGUAGGCUGCUUCAUUUCAAUAUUUAUUAGCAGCAGUCGUGAGCAUAACAGUAAAAUUAACUUUCAGAUACCCAUCAAAAAUGGCAAAACGGAAGGUGGACACUGAGAACCGGGGGUUUCAAACAAGGUGGGAGUCGGAGUAUAUGUUCACGGAGGUAGCUGGAAAACCUGUGUGUCUUCUGUGUGGAGAAAGUGUGGCGGUACUGAAAGAGUAUAAUCUGAGACGACAUUAUGAAACGAAACACGCGGAUUUUUGCACUUUAUUUUAUUGUAUUUUAAUCCAAUUAUAUUUUAAAAAUAUUUCAGUUGAGUGGAUGAUAGAAAAUUGCUAUUUUUAUUUUUUUCUUUGAAGUAAAUUUAGCCCACUUUUGCUAAAAUAGAAAAUAUAGGCUACUGAUGGUGCCUUGAAUAAUACGGGUUUAUUUCAUUUAAUGUUCAUGUUAUGGGGAUUUUUAUAUAAAGGAAAUUUGUCUUUUGUGUCUGUUGAAAAUUAAAGAUUACUGACAGAGCCAUAAGAAAAUAUUGCUUUAUUUAUCUGAUCAUAUUGGAAUAUAUUUGUUAGGUUUUCAGUAGGUUCAAUUAGGUUAACUAGACUAUAUGCGUCAUUUAAAAAAAUUUCAAUGAACAUUCGAUCAGUCCGGCCCUCGGCUUGUAGCUAAAUUUUUUAUUUGGCCCUCCGUCCAUUUGACUUUGACACCCCUGGUUUAGUUGUUCCUUUUACAACUUUUUUUGAAACAUGUUGCUGGCAUCAAAUUUGAGAGGAGCACAUACUCUUCACAACACAAGAAAAGUCUUUCAGUUUCGACCUUUCAUUCGUUGUCUUUGCACCAUUUUCUUGCAUUUAUUUCAUUAUAAUCGUGGUUUUUAUAACUAUUGUUACGAUAUGGAAACAGCACGUGACUCUGCAGUCCUUCGGGCCUGACGUCACCCGCCCCCUCCUCCCUCCUGCUCCUCUUCCUCACCCGCUCCUCUCUAUGCUCACUGAAUCCAACAUGGAGUGAGGAGGAGAUGGGGCUCGUCCGGGGCCAUCCUCACCGACACCAGCGCUCCUAUCCCGGUCACCGCGAUCCAGUCCGGUUCGGCGGGGGAGGAGGAAGAGGAGGCGGCCGAGGAGGAGGAGGAGGAGGAAGAAGUAGAAGAAGAGGACGACAAGGCGUAGGAGUAGGAGGAGGAGGAGGAGGUGGUGGAAGAGGAGAUAUGAUGCUUCUUGAGAUGUGCUCCGGUAAUUGAGGAGUGAAAGGAGAAGAAGUCAGCGAGGAAGAGGAGGAGGAGGAGGUGGUGGUUUUGGAGGAGGAGAAGGAGAUUCAAAACACACAUCAGGGUUGGGGUAACCGAGCUGCAGAGCGGGAGAGAUCCGAAUCCGCCGCCGCUUCUGCCGCUACCGCUGAAGGGCGAGGAAACAUGAAGACACCGCACCGUGCUGCCGCGGCGGGAGCUUGUUAUUACCGCAGGUGAAUCGGAAAAAAAUGAGCGAGGACACGCGCCCAGACGAGUGAGUACCCCUGCAUCUCUCACCUAUAAUCACACCCCAUCUUAUCGAUGUUAUUCCGUGUCUGCUGUCAUGAUUGGCUGCGUGUUGGCGCGCCGCCGCUCAGCCUUCUGCAUUGAUCACAUGGACACACACUGAUACUGGUAUGUUGAUAUGUGAGGAGGGGGUGCAGGGGCCCUCCUUAUCAUCCUUCUCCUGAUCUUUCUCCUCCUGGGGAGGUUGGCUGAGGUCGGGCAGAUUUCACAGGAGGGAGAAACGUGUGCAGCCUCCUGCAGAUGUGAUUCAGUCAUAACAGAGGAGGAGGAAGAGGAGGAAGAGGAGGGGGCAGACAGAGGGGCUCUGCAGGACUGACAUGACACAUUCAAUCCUGUCUUUUUGCAUCCCUGCAUGUUGCUCUCCGUUCAUAAAAUCAGUUAUAACAGGAUGAGGCUCCUGUAAAGCUUCAGUUCUUGGUCUAUGAUCAUAACCCUUUAGAUGGAGGCCACUGUGUGUUGUGACUCAUCAUCAGGCUGCACAUGUCUGCAGGUUCAGACCAGUUCAGGCAAAGCAGGAUUAUUCCCUCCAUCUGUGGGGCCCAGAAACAUAAAAUCAACUAAAACUGAAUCAAGACUCUUGGUAGGGCUGGGUGACAUAGCAAAAAAAAAACACUCAAUUUUUACACUAUGUCGAUCAAAUUGAUUUACGUUAUAAAGCACACAGUCUAGAUGUCCUAGUUAUUUGGCAGCUUUAGGAAGCCAAGGGUACAUUUGAGAAUCUUGAGAACUAACUUGCUUAAAUUUGACCUUUUUUUCUUCAUUAGGACAAUUACAACAGUUAGACGUGUCAAGUUUGUUAUGCUGUCAUGAGCACGUUGUACUGUAGGCUAUGCUAUAAUUGUAAAAUGCUUGUCAUUUUGCCAGUUCCUAGUUCUGUUUAAAUAUCUGCUCAUUUAUGAAACCCAAGGGACUGAAUCUGAGCAUGUUAUGUUGGAGUUGGAGCUCGUACAUGUGAAGCAGUGGUUAGUUAUACUGCAAAUACUGCAAAGAAGAAAAAAAGAAACCGUUCGAGAAUACGGGAUGCCUGCCCUCCGAAGUAGUAGGAGUAGAAUGAUGGUGCCGAUACUGAAAAUGUCAUAAAUUCACAAAUUGUGACGCUACACAGGACAAUAAUACGGCUGCUGGACAUAGAUCUGUAUAAUAGUGUUAGGAGGGGGCUGCUAGCUGAGCUGCCAUAAACAUCCUGAUUAUCAUUGUUAUGUUGCAAAUUCCUCACAGGAGUUUACUUUCACUUUAGAGGCCCUUGGCUCCACUCAUUUGAUCCCUCUUUAACAGAAACAUUUACUGAUUACUCUUAUAAAAUCAGGGGUUGUGAGCUGAGCUGAGCUGCCCUUGACGUUGCUUGUUUCUGUAAGUGUAGUUUGUUUUGGUCAAAGUCUCUCAACUUUCUUCUUUAUAACUCAAGUUGCAAAAGAGGCGAUGGUUUACCUGGACUCCAUACUAGAACUGAAUUUUCUGGUGAUGUUGUAGAUGCAGUCAGCACAGGUUGUCCGGGUUUUAAACUGUACAUUUCCGUGGACCACUCUACCAUAAACGUGUUUCUGCGAGGUAUAUGCAGUUCUCGGCGAGCAUGCGUUUCUCGGCACAUCAACAGCAACCCGUUCGUGGCCGGUUGUCCACCUUGCUCAGCCAUGGUCGGUCUAGAUUUUAGCGGGGCCAGACUCCCAAUAAGAUGACAUGCAGUCUUCAAUAGAGAGAGCAACACUACCGCCCAGUGGAUGGGGUGGCAGUGUUCUCCACACAUGUAAUUAUCUUCAACUUGUGUGUCUGUGGAUAUCUUGAAAACUGCAUGAUAUUUGUCUCAAAAAUGAAUGUGCAUGCCAGUUGAUCCACAAACACACUUUUAACAAUUCACAAGCGUAAUUGAAGGUUUGCAAAUGACAUGUCAUGUUAAAUGCACACACAAAAUUAAAAAACACAUGAAAAUCGUGGACAUAUAUUUGUAAAUAGUUUUGCGAAAAAUCUCUCCACAUACGGGAUAGCUAGCAUGAGAGGUAACUGGACUCCUGUAUAUUGAACAUGCAUAUACUUAAGUCUGCAGUUGAAGAUGGGGAAGAGUUGUCCUUUUGUACACAAACCACUAGUCUGGGUACUCCCUCGCCUCCCCUUUCUAUGUUGUCACUACCGAUGAAGUACUUCUGUAUUCCCUUCAGGAGUUUCAGGCUUGUGUUUUGAGGUGUUUGGUUUUAACACAGUUUGAAAGCUGCAGAGUUUGAAUGAACUACUCUGUGCAUGCUGUACUUGAAUGCACCACCGUUCUUGAUCCAGAGUUUUCAGCUGAUCAGGCUCUUUGUCCCGGGUGGAAAGCGUAGGCAGCAGGUAACCUGAUGGAGCCUUGUGCUGUUCACAACCCUGCAGGUAAACACAUGACUCAUACAACAGACAGACAAUAGACUCAACCCGUUCACUGUUUACUCAGAGAAAUUCUGCAGAAAAGAAGCAGGUAGCAAAGUGUUUUUCAGGACAAAGGUGUUUUUACCUGCGGGGUUGAGAAUCAAAAUCAGAUUUUUGUCUCAACUUGUUGUAUCCAAUUUGGUUCAGUUUAGCUAAUAUCCAAAUUAAAGAUUUGUGGUUUUGAGCUGAGUUAACCUGCCAACUGAAGAGCAGAGAUCAUUUUGAGACCCAGUGAAUUAAGUUUCAUUUUGCCCUUAAAUUACCAGAACUGAGACUUUUUUAUCACUGAGAUAUGAAAAGGUACUAAUCAAACCUGCCAUAUUCCUGGUUUUAGACCUCAAAUGACCCACAAGUAUAGGCUAAAAACCGUAAACCAGGUAAACCUGUGGUAGUGUUGUUUAGGGUUUUUGACCCUCCCAAACUUUCUGAGUCUGAUUAUGGGUCAAAUACAGCCGACCCUAUUUCAUAAUUUGUCAUUUCAAAUACAGCUCACUGAUACAGUUUAUUGAACGUUUUUCAGAUUUUUUUAUGCAUAUCAAUUUCACACUCAAAAAAAGCAUAAACAACUAAGGCUGAAAAAGGUAACCACAAUGAAUACAUUUUUAAAAAGCUGGAAAAGAACAAAACUCUGAAGCAUGGCAACAGAGGAGGAGGUUUCAAGAGUGCAGGGUUACAGAAAUUAGGUUCCAGAAAUAAUGGUAUUUGAAUGCAGGCCAAAAGAAAGCUGAGCUGAAACUAGGUUCUAGAAUGCUGGGUUUCAGAAAAGUUAUUUUUAGAAUGCUGGGUUCAAGAAAGGUGGGUUCUGGAAUGCUGGGCUCCGGAAAAGUGGGUUCUGGAAUGUUAGGUUCAAGAAAAGUGGGUUCUGAAAUGUUAGGUUCAAGAAAAGUGGGUUCUGGAAUGCUGGGUUCAAGAAAAAUGGUUCUGAAAUGUUAGGUUCAAGAAAAAUGGGUUCUGGAAUUCUGGGUUCAAGAAAAAUGGUUCUGGAAUGUUAGGUUCAAGAAAAGUGGGUUCUGGAAUGAUGGGCUCAAGAAAAGUGGGUUCUGGAACUCUGGGUUCAAGAAAUGUCGGUUCUGGAAUGCUGGGUUCAAGUAAGCCAUGUUCAUCAAUGCUGGGAUGAUAAAAUUUGGGUUCCAGAUGGCUUAGCCCCAGGUAGCUAGUUACCAGAACACUGGGUUUUAAAAAGCUUGAAUCCCAGCAUUGUGGGACCCGCAACGUGACAGGACUAACUGAGGAUGGAUUUACUUUCAGGUCAACUCGUGGGGCUGUAGAUAGCCUCCCCGCCGCUUACAUUUCACACAUCAAGCAACAAAAAAACUCCCAAACGUGAAAACAUCUCCCAGCUGGAGGUGAGCAGGGUCGUCUCUGCUGCUGCUGCAACAGAUAUGUCUGUGGGUUCAGCAAGAAAGGAUAGAGAGAGAUUGUGUGUGUUUGUAAAAGGGUUGAGUGAGGGGGCGAGCAAGGGAGUCAUUGAGAAGUUUGGCGGAGAGAGAGCCAAACACCAUCUGUGCUGCUGAUUCAGACCUCAGAGAAACUAAUAUCUCUAUGAUGUACUGAAGCAGAUUACAGUUUGAAAAGGUUAUUCUUGGUAUCUGCAGUUAUCAUGUUUUAGCUGCCAGUAUGGUUAAGCUGUAAUUAUGAGUCCCCAAUUUUGUCUCGCUUUAGUGCUCAGAAAACGUUGUAAUUCCUUCUGUUAAAUGUAUUUUAUGUUGCUGAUCUAAAUUCCUUUCACAAGAUAAAACAUAUAAACACAUCAUUAAUUUAUUUAUUUUUUUAUCUGGCAGUUAUUUUAGCAACUGAGCUUGAACUUAUAAUGUGACCAUAAGUCAGUUCAGUUAGCAAACUUUUUUUUUCAGUCGGCUUUGAAACUUCCUAGACUCCCCUUUUCAGGGUUAAGUGUUUCUGUGGAGGGCUCUGGUGUCUUCUCCUCACUGGUGAGGGUUUUUUUUAGUGGGGGAGUUUUCUAUCGAUUGGGCAAACCGAUGCCACCAAAACCAGCCGUCAGAGGGUUGUUGAUAAUGCCAGAGGGAGGGGGAGGACUGUCAGUGACAUUGAGGUAAGGUCGCAUGCAGUGGUGUCCCAUGGUGCUCCAGCCCCGCCCACACAGGAAGGUAUUGAUUGUAUAUCGGUGCUGCCCCCCCAUGUGAGUGGUCUGGUGGUCAUCAACAUAGAGACAAAUAAAAGUUAGAGGAAAAUUCUUGACAGAGCUGAGAGAUAUUUCAAAUUUAUCAUCAUCGAUAAUCUCAGAGGAUUGAAAAUGAACAAAUUACUUCAGUUUGACACAUAUGAAUGUUUCUGUCUGAAAAUUAAAGCUAAAAAGGAAGACCUACAUUCAAUAGCUCACACAGCAAUGAUGAGCGCCUUUUACGGAAGCUGGGGAAUCUAGUCUUUGUCCUAUUGAAACACCACAUCCCAAGACCAGGACAACUUUAUGUCAACAUGAGGGCGUAGUUUUCAAAGGACACCAGAAUAUUCAUUUCACCUUUUAUUGUAUUAUUGUGGGUACUACUUUUUACACAGCUUUGUGGUAAUGGGACAACCUUUUAGUCAUGCCUGCAGAUGAAUAGUACCAGGUCUCAGCUGAGACUCAAAUCCAGCUGGUACUUGCCUUUGUUUACGAAGGAGCCAUCAGUGAAAUGGCAAGAACAAACAGCAACGACGUGGCUAUUGUCCUGAAACCACAAAGACUUUGCAAAUUUCAAAUUUCUUUGUCUUUUGAAAGCUAAACAGCUGUGAAUUUCUUUCACUUUUCUAAGACACAGUCAACAAAGUGCAGAGUGGAGGAAAAGAUGAGGGUGAGAGACUGUGAAGCUUCCAGGUGGGCAUGUCUUAGAGCUGCUGGGUGGGCUCUAUCGGAAGCAGGGUUCUGAUUGCACAUCACAGCCUGAUGUCACGUUACAGCUUUAAAAACAUGUCCAGGGAUGACGCUGCCAACUGUGUACCUAAUGUUUCUUCUUUGUCUCUUUAAGAGGGACUUUCUGACAGUUGUAUAGGCAGUUGACAGCAGGCGUCUGACCUGCAACGUGACUGGACUAAUGGAAGAUGGAUUUCCUUUCAGGUCGACUCUCGGGGCUGUAGAUCGACUCCCUGCCGCUCACAUUUCACACAUCAAGCAACAAAAAAAACUCCCAAACAUGAAAACAUCUCCCGGCUAGAGGUCAGCAAGGUCGCAUCUGCUGCUGCUGCUGCUGAUAUGUCGAUGGGCUCAGCGAGAAAGGAAAGAAAGUGUGUGUGUUUGUGAAAGGAGCAAGCGAGGGAGUCAUUGAGAAGUUUGGCGGAGAGAGAGCCAAACACCAUCUGUGCUGCUGAUUCAGACCUCAGAGAAACCACAAUCUCUACGCUGAUGAGGGUGAUGUCAUCAGCCCGGUGAGAAUGUGUGUGUGAUUGACAACACGUGUGUUCCUGUGGGAGCAUUAUAAGUGUAGUUAUCCACUGUGUGUGUGUGUGUGUGAGUGUGUGUGUCUGUCAUGAUGAUGGAGUAAACAGACCACCAGAGGCUAUUAUCUGCAUCUCUGUUCAGCUCCCACAGAUCUGUGUGUGUGUGUGUGUGUGUUUAAAGUGCUCUAAGCAGCCGUUUCAUUACCGUAUCCUCUGAGGACGGGGCUGUUUGAGGUCAGGGAGGUCCGACCAUGUGCUGACGGUUUCCACAGCAGGAACCAAGCAAACAUGUUCAACUUAGUCUGCAGGUGCAUUAAACUGUUUGGACCAAAACUAACAACGCUAAUUUGUACUUUCUUUGUGUCACUUCUCUCAACCAGUGGCCCUUAUCCACUCUUUUUGGACAAAAUGCAACCAUAGGAACAAAACAAUCAGUCAAAUUCAGGAAAGGCAAGACCAGAGUGAAGCUUCACAUGACUUCCUAAAAUUACUUAUUCUCGAUUGUGCUUUUCUGAUCUCAGCGUGUUAGUCAGACACUUUCUCUGCUUGGACAUCUCCAUCAGAUUGAGGACUCACCUGUGAUAAAACACUGAUGGAAACAUAAGCUGGAAUCUAAUGGAAGGAUAAGUUACUGUGAAGCAGCAAAGACAAAUGAUUAUGGAAUAGCGAGUGCACGACCCUAAAAUAACUUAUUUAUUCACACAGUAUCUGGUUAAUAAUACACCUUCACUAUAUUAUUCCUGUUAGGACUCCAUGUUAGGACUGAAGUGUGUUAUACCGAUGGAGGCUGAAAAAUUCAAUUUGAUGUGUUAAAAUACAUACAUGAGUGUGUGUGUUGCUGCAUGCUGCUGGCAAAUACAGCGAUGACUCAUUUUAGACACACACACACAUAAGCACCAUCUGUUUGACAGGCAGGCUGAAUCACACGGUGGAGGGACGCAGCCGGCCUGUUGUGAUGCGAUGUGUGUGUGUGUGUGUGUGUAAAACAGGAAGUACCAGAGAAAUUGGACGACAAAAUGCAAGGUGGAGAAGAAAAACCAAGAACAGGAUCAUGUUAUUGUUUUCUAUUUUUAAGAGUAAUCUUGUUUUAGUUUAAAGGACAAUUUUUUUGCGUAUACGUGUAUAUUUAAGCAAAAAGCUGCUGCACUGACCAACAAAAGAAACAAAACCAGGGGGCUUCACUUGUCUUGAAAAAUAGUAAGACAUUUAAAACUGAAAAAUGGGGAUUUAUUUAGAGUGUUAAUAACAAUUACGCUCACUCACACAGUCACCACAAGGUUGUGACUGUCUCCAAUGUAAAAUCCUUUAACCUCAUUUAAUCGCAUAGUUAAUCACAUCUCAAAUUUUACUAUUAUACAGUUUAUAAAAUUUUAAUAUACAUCCACAUAAAUUGAAAUGCUUUUUUGUCUACUGAUUUGAUUUGUGACUCAAUUUAAUGUAAUGAAAUAUACUUAAUGAUCUUGACUUUUAGAUUUAUCAUUCAAGUCAAUGUUGUGCUGCUCCACCAGUGUAAUCUGAAACAUGUUUGAGAGGAAGUCAUGAGGGAACAGCUUCUGAGUGUUUAGUCUUUCAAAUACAUGGUUAUUUUUUUCCAAAUUUAAAGUUUAAGAAUUUGAAAAGUAGUAAAUAUGCAAGAGUCAAUGUACAAAAUGUCCAAUCAGUGUCAGUAUGAUUAUUUUAACACUCACUGACAUCCAGGGAUCCCAGGUUAAUGCAACAGCAUUCACACUUUUCAGGAGUUCCGUUUUGACUGCUUUCGUAGUUUCAUACAGGUUCUGUGGUUAGGAAGCUAUUUAUUCCCAUGAUGGAAAUUAAAAUCACUGGUUACAAUGUCUUGACCUAAAGAUGUCCUUUAGAUAACAAAAGAUGAGAUGAGAAGAGAAGAUUGUUGAGUAAAGUUAGUCAAAUCGUGUUAUUCUUACAUUUCUUAUGUGGAUAACGCUUGUACAAAUUAAAUAAUAUGAAGUGUGCAUGGACAAAAUGUCCAAUCAGUGUCAGUAAUAAACUCAGUUAUUGUGGGAUCUUUUGAUCACCAACUGACAUCCAGGAAUUCGAGGUUAAUGUGGCAUCAUGUGCACUUUUUAGAAGUUCCAGUUUGGUUGCUGGCUCUGUCAAAGUGUUGUUCCUCUGGAUGUUCAGACAUAGUAAUUUGAAGAAAACAAGUAUACAGCAAUAAAUGUUUCAAAGAAUUAUUAUAAUAAAAAUAGUAAUUAUAGUAAUAAUAAUACAGCCCAUUUAAACAGAAGAAUUUUUUGGGAGUAGUUUUUGGACUGGUACCAUUUUGGGUAACCUUGUUUUUUUCAAUGUUUUAUUUAAGAAAGUUGCAUGGGAACCAGGACUGGUUGUCAUCUGCAUAGCAAUGAAGAUGGAUAUUAAGUUUACAUAUGAUAUGGCAAAGAGGAUGCAGAUAAAUGAUUGAGGAGAGGGGGCACACAAUAGAACACUGGGAAACACCAGUGGUGACAGGUUAUGGCUGGGGUUUGGAGGUUUUGAGUUUCAAGAAAUGGUAAAUCAGCCCAACACUGUGUCAGCGCCUUUGAUAGAGGCUGGUCUGUCAACGAGGAUGUGAUGGGAUUAUUUCAGAAGCUGCAGAAAUAGGAGCCUGGAGAUAGUUAAAAGUUCAGAGUUAGCCACCACAUGGAGGAGGUUGUACAUUAAAACAUGCUGUUGGUCUCUUCCCCAAAGGGCAAAGGCCUCCUGGAACUUUAUGUUUUAAGUUCAAGAUGUUAAAAACUGUAAAAAGAAAACAUAGCACUCACUUUUAGUUAGCCGCUAACCACUUAGCUUGUUCACUGAUUUGCUUUGGUUCUCUCUUGUGUUGCAGUGACAGUUACAUUGUGCGCGUCAAAGCGGUGGUGAUGACCAGAGAUGACUCGAGCGGCGGCUGGUUGGCUCAGGAUGGCUGUCUGAGUAGAGUGGGUGUAUGCAGGCUGCUGCCGGCUGAACUGCUUGGGCGAAACACCUUCCUAAUUCAUGGCGAACGUCUCAAAGAUCGACAGGUCAGUCCAGUCGCACCUAACAGAUAGACAGUGUUUUUAAAGUUUUUCCUUAGACAGAUGUUACAUCAAAACUAAGCACACUCCGAUUAACUUAAGUUUUAAAAGGCUUAAAGUUACCAUGGACAUUUAAGACAAACCUAGCUAAUGUUGUCAUCUCGUCUUGAAACUCUAAAAACUCUUAAUCAUCCACGUCCUUUUAUACCACAUGUCUGUGUCUAAUCUUUUUCAAUUUUUGUUUUUCUGAUUCUUUUCCAGGUGAUUCUGGAGUGCUUCUUAAGAAAGGAUCUGGUUUAUACAAAGGCCACUCCCACUUUUCACCACUGGAAGGUGGAUAAUAAAAAGUGCGGGCUGACCUUCCAGAGUCCAGCCGAUGCCAGAGCUUUUGACCGUGGGGUGAGAAAGGCGCUUGAAGACCUGACAGAAGGUAGGAAUUAUUACACACCCUCAGCAAAUAAAACUGGUGAAAACUAGCAAAGUCAACUGUCAAUUAUCGUAUUUGUUCAUUUUGUAUGAUACUUUGUAGAAUGUUUCUUGUAAGUCAUAAAUUGAACCUUGAAGAGCUUGCCCUCAUAAAACAAAACUUUGUUGAAUGUUUUUUGCGUUCUGUAAAUUGUAGCAUUAUAGGCUGUAACCUUAUGGGCGAUGACUUUGUAGCACAUUAAAAUUCAAAACACUGUAGCCCCUAAUUUCUGGAAUGUUUCUAUAUAGAAUAUUACAUUGAAGAAUGUCACAUUGUAGAAUGUUUCAUCGUAGAGUAUUAUAUUAGAAUGUGUUAUAUUGUAGAAUAUCCCAAUUUAGAAUGUCACAUUGUAGAAUGUUACAUUGGAAUGUGUUACAUUGUAGAAUGUUACAUUGGAAUGUGUUAUACUGUAGAAUAUCACAAUUUAGAAUGUCACAUUGUAGAAUGCUACAUUGGAAUGUGUUACAUUGUAGAAUGUUACAUUGGAAUGUGUUACAUUGUAGAAUGUCACAUUGGAAUGUGUUACAUUUUAGAAUGUUACAUUGGAAUGUGUUAUAUUGUAGAAUGUCACAUUGGAAUGUGUUAUAUUGUAGAAUGUCACAUUGGAAUGUGUUACAUUUUAGAAUGUUACAUUGGAAUGUGUUACAUUUUAGAAUGUUACAUUGGAAUGUGUUACAUUGUAGAAUGUCACAUUGGAAUGUGUUACAUUUUAGAAUGUUACAUUGGAAUAUGUUACAUUGUAGAAUGUCACAUUGGAAUGUGUUACAUUUUAGAAUGUUACAUUGGAAUGUGUUACAUUGUAGAAUGUUACAUUGGAAUGUGUUACAUUUUAGAAUGUUACAUUGGAAUGUGUUACAUUGUUUAUGUCACAUUGGAAUGUGUUAUAUUGUAGAAUAUCACAUUGUAGAUGUCACAUUGUAGAAUGUUUCAUUGGAAUGUGCUACAUUGUAGAAUGUCACAUUGUAGAAUGUUACAUUGGAAUGUGUUACAUUGUAGAAUGUUACAUUGGAAUGUGUUACAUUUAAGCUUGUAUGGUUUUACUAUGUUUUUUCUCUGUAGCACAUAACCUUUGCUCAUUACUUGAAGAAAUGUUACUUUUUGCUGCAUAAUUUUGAAGCUUUUUUUAGUCAAGCUUGUUCAUUCAUUGUUCCAUACUGUGUGGCUUAUAAAGCAUACAUUUAGUUGUGUUGUGCGUAUUUCGUACCUAGCUUUGUAAGUGUUCAGUUUGGGCAGAAGCUGUCAUUAUUUGUGCUGAGGGAGUGAAACAGGGUUUGACUUGACAGCAGCUGAUAAGUGAAAUGUGCUGAUCUCCCUGUGUGCUCUGCAGGAUCGACUACAUCCUCGUCCACGCUGCAGAAUGAGGCAGAGCUUGGCGAUGAUGAUGUCUUCACGGUGAGAAAGUCUUCCCCUUAUUUUCUGAGUAGGACACAUGUAAAGUUUAAGAGAGGUGAUCUAUAAUGUGUCUGAGUGAUGGUCUCAGCCAGGGUGUGUCUGAUAUGAAGUGUAGAAAGAGGAGGAGCUCUGUGUCCUGGGAUGUUAAUGCCAGACAAAUGUCAUAGUCUUGUUUGGGAUGUGUUGCCAACAUUGAAGCCAAGCACACAAACAGGAGGACGACUGGUAAACCAAAACAAAGUCAUCCUCCGCCUGAUGAGGGGACCAGACCCCGCUCCCUAGUUUCAAUCUUUCUACCAGUUCAAAGAAUAAAGGGUGUAUCACUUCCUCAGGAUGUCCAGUGCUGUAAAGGAGACUCAGGGCUGUCAGCAUCCAUCUCUAAGUCGGUCUGUUUUUAUAGCUGGACUCAGUUAGAGUAAAAACCUGGGCAGAUUGAGGAGGAAAAAGAGAAAGGUCUGUAGUGUCUCAGAGGUGCUUAGGAGGCCUAAGGGACAAUGAGGAUGUAGAUCAGUCUUCAACAGGAGUAAAUAAAAACCCUUCCUUGACAUGAUGCAAUACUUCCUGUCAAGGGUCCUGAAUAUCCUAGGAGAUCUUAGAAGAGACUAGGAAAAAAUGAUGAGGCUACAGAUUUAUGGAGGGUUUGAGCUGCCUCUUUUUUUUCAAAAGUUUUUUUAUACUUUGAUGUAGUUUAAGGGUAUCAUGUACAUGAUAGUUAAAACUAUAUGAACAGUGUCCUGUUAAUCCUCAAAUAAAGACCAUAGUCAAGCUACCUUAUUAUGGUCAGCGUCAUGAACUUUAUGAGCAAAUAAUGGCUGGCUUUUAUUGAUACUUCUAUAAUAUGGAUAACAACGUACAGGUGAGUUCACAAUGAUCAGGCAGCAGCCACACCGUCCUUGCAGUGAGUGAACUGAAUCUCAGACCAUGCAGUUUGCUCUAGUUUAAUUGUGAUUGACUGUCAGUAUCUCCACUUGUCUACUCAGAGCUGCACUGUGAGCUCUAAUCCAGGCAAUGCUAAAUUCAGUCCACUCAUGGAAAGUUGCGGGGAGUAAGAUUACUCUAAAAUUGAUAAAAUGUCUCAUACAUGAUCAAGAUGGGGCUUUUCUGAACCCUUCCAAGUGUGUGUGCACACUUUCCAUGCCACAGGUAUGCACAAUAGACUGUAUACACAGCAGGAGUAGAGUUGUGCUGCUGCAAUAUUUUAGCAAAAGUACUUCCAGUUGUGUUGUCCUGUUUAUUAUACAUAUGCCAGCCAAGUGUUUUUUGUGUGUAUAAAAUAUUUUUGUGGUUGACCCUCAGGGCCACCGUACAGAACACCUGCCUGGAUGCCACUCUUCUGGUUCUUGUUUCAAAUAGUUGUAACAAAUGGAUUUUGUCUCUUUCUGCAGACGGCCACCGACAGCUCGUCAAACUCGUCUCAGAAGAGAGAGCCAACGAUGCACUCUCUGGCUCCGCCCCAUUUCUGUGAGACACGCCGGCACCACUGCAUCCUAGGACAUUUCUACGAACACCACCGGCCCUCUGACCACUACUUUCUGGACCAUGUGAGUGAGAACAAGACUCAGAGGUGGAACUGACCAGAAUCAAAACCUAAGUGAACCAGAGAGAUUUUCACCCCUGAUUUUACUGAACUAGUUCAUGAUAACAUCUGUAUUAGGGAGAUGAACCCUUAAAAAUGAUAAAUCCCUAUAAAAUUCAGAUGUAACAAGAUGUUUCAAAUGCAAAGCAUGCCAGCCACUGUACAUUUAUACAUAGAUCUUUAACUUGAUCAAAUUGGCUUAUGCUAAAACAUCCAUUAACCACAAGGGCUUGCAGAAAAAAAGCAGGUGUGUUUCCGUCCGUAUCCCUCCUGAGACUCAAGUUUUUUUUAACUGUUUCCGUGUCCGCAGGCUGUGCACAUGUUCCCUCGCCAUGUCAGCUUUCAGCUGGAGGAGGAGGAAGUUGUUCGUAUUGGCCCACGUGAGCGGACCUGGCUCACAGGCUACGGGGACUACCGCCUCGACUAUUCCACACAGGACAAACUCUCACAGCCCGACCACCUGGACGCAUAUGUGCACUUUGCUAAGAGCGAGCCACCCAAACAUAACUACACCUACCCGUACCCGCUCAGCUGCGAUGUGCAGCGGGUCUGCGACCAAAAACCAGGCUGCCUGAAGUUGGGUGGUGGCCAACGGGCAGUGGUGACAGUGCAGCCACGAGCCCUGCAGUCUAAAGGAAAAAGGCGAAAGGAGGACGGCGAGCGAUCACGCUGCGUUUACUGUCAGGACAUGUUCAACCACGAGGAUAAUGGGCGGGGUCGCUGCCAGGAAGCGCCCGACCCGAUUCAGACCUGCAUCAGGCGUGCCAGCUUUAUGUGGUGUGCAGACAGCCUGCUGUAUCACUGCAUGUCUGACCCCGAGGGGGACUACUCAGACCCGUGCUCCUGUGACACCAGCGAUGAGCGCUUCUGCCUGCGCUGGACUGCGCUGGUGGGUCUGUCGCUGCUGGUACCCUGCAUGUGCUGCUACGCUCCCCUUAGAGUGUGUUACCGCUGCGGCGUGGCCUGCCACUGCUGUGGCGGGAAACACAAAGCUGUAGGAUGAGACGUUACAGGCCCUGCCCCCCAUGGAGACGUCAAUGACUUAAAGAGGGAGGGGGAUUUCUGUUGUUUUUGUUGUUGUUUGUCUCGUCAAUGAUUUCUAAAAGAGGAGAAGAAGUCUGAACAGAUGGGAAAAAAAGUUCCUGUUGUUUUAUUUUUUCAUUUUUAGUGACGUUGGAAACCAAACAGCUUUCACUCCUCUCAAGACUCGCAAAGACUGAAUAGAGAAUAUUCAUUUCUAUAUAGAGCUCUAAAUAAAUGAAUAUUAAUAUAAAUAUAAAUAUAUAUAUAUAUAAACAGGUACUUUAUAUUUUUACACUCAUGUGUUUUAAAAGCUUGAAUGUCUCUUUUUUUAAGCAUCCUGUCAGAAUGAAUGUCUUCAUGUUUGUUAAUGGCUUGCUGACACACUGCAAAACAAUUUCACCUCAAAGAGACGUGAUUCAAAUAGUUUUUAAAAUCGAAAUAAAUUCACCUUCAAUUUAUUGUCAGAGUGAAAAAAGGCACCUUCACUGUGUGUGCAAAAAUAUUAGAUUAUAAGACAAACAUCAAUGUUUUUAUUGAUUCAAGAAAAUGAGGACAUAAGGCCUUGAUAUCAAAAAUCCUGUAACUCUGGUUACAUCUAUGAAAUAAAAUUAUGAAAAUAUGAAAUGUGAAGGUCAAAGAAAUUAUUCAGUUAGUGGAAAUUAAGGUUUAAAGUCAUAAUUGUGAGACCAAGGUCCAACGCAUGAAAUAAAAAGUAAUAAUUAUGAGGAAAGAGCCAAAACUAUAGAGUAAAAAGUCAAUAACAGAAAAUUUAGUCAAAAUUUUGUGAUAAAAAGUUGGCAAUAUUGAAUAAAAAGUCAAAGUUAUGAAGCAUUAAUUCAAAAAUAAAGAUUUAAUAAAGACAUACAUAUGAGGUAAAAUAAUCAAAGCCCAAGAUGAAAAGUCAUAUUUUCACACAAAAAGUCAUAAAUAUUAAAUUAAUAGUCCAAAGGUGUAGAUAAGAAAUUGAGAGAAAGUCAUUCAUAAUUUCAUAUUUCUGACUAUUAAUUAUAACUUCUAGAUUAACAUCACUUUUUGUCUCAUAGUUAAGACUUUUUACCUCAUUAUUAUAGUAUAUUAACUUAGACUUUUGACGUUUCAUUUCAAAAUUAUGACCUUAUAUGGGACUUUUUCUGUUUCAUUAAGAACAGGUGAAACUGGGCUUCUGUUCAUCAUCUGUUAGAUUCAACCUCUCAAUCAGUGAAUUUAAAGCUCCUUUGUGGUGCUUUUUGUUUGUGUUGAUUUUGGCACCCCCUGUCAACAAAGUGGUACUCAGAAUGGCUCUUGGAUAGUAUUUGAGAACUUUAAACUGCUUUAUUUACAUAAUCAAAUGUUCCACUUAAUUCAAUUACUUCAUAAUUUAUCGUUUGAUGAUUUUUAAAAAGUGACAGCACUAAUGAUGAUGGUCUUGUUUGCUUCUGUUGGUCAUAAAGAGACAAACUCCCCACAUGAGCUUUCAGAAUUGUUGGUACCUCAAAGUCUGGACAGAGCAAGGUUAACUCUUUCCUUUUGUAUCCAGUGGUGGUGCCAAACAAGGCUAACUUGCUCUGCACUUUUUCACAUUUUCAAAUGGUUAUAGAUUUUUUUUUCCAUUUAUGUGUGUUGUCUCAUAUCUUAGGUGAAUGCUUUGCAGUAUCUCAGCCAGCUCUGGUUCUUGCAGGGGCACUUAACUGCUCUGAAAGCUGCUCAGAAAUCCUCACAACAAACUGAACUGAUAAACCAGUUUGGCUGACCAGUAUCAUGGCAGAUUUCAGCCCUGACUAGGCAAGAAACACAGGGAGAAUUUACUAGGCGGUUUCAUCUGCAGAGCUGCCUUUAACAUCUUAACUAAUAAAAUUAAUCUGCAACAGAUUAGUUACUUUUGUGAGAGACUGCGUGGGCUGUUCAACAGUUUCAGAAUAAUGUUCCUGAGUAUAAACUGUGAAAGAAAGAGUAGAUUUUAUCAUCUACUGAAUAAACUAUUAUUAAAAGAUUCAGAGAAUCUGUAGAAAUCUCUAUAAGGACAAAGGACCAAACCCAUUAUUGGAUUGUCCUGAUCUGCAGACCCUCAGGCAGCACUGCAUUAAAAAACAGAAAGGACUCUGAAGUGGAAAUCACUGCAUGAGCUCAAAAUCACUCGUAAAAACCAUUGUCUGUGAACACAAUUCAUCAUGACAUCCACAACUGCAGGUUAAAACUGAUCCAUCCAAAGACUGAUGUGAAGUGAAAAACUGCCCCCAUUGUCUGAAGAAUCAAAAUCUGACAUUCUUUUUGGAAAUCAUGGACACUAAACAAUGACCUAACUUAAAGCUCAUUUAUGCUGUGACACAGAAAACUGCUGUCCUGCAUACUGGUCAGACUGGAUUAGUUUUUGAGAAGUUUGUUUGAGUUAAAGAACAAAAAACAAUAAGGGUAAAGCUAUACAAGAAAACAGCAGAUACUUGAGCGUGUUUGUGUUUGUGUGAGUAAGUGUGUGUGUGUCUGUGUCUAUGAGAAAAAGGGAGGAUCAUAAUUCAUGUUUGUGCUCUUAAAUUUGUCUGAGAUUGUAAGAAAGUGGGAAAUGAAAAACUAUAAUUUACUGAAAAAAAUAUUAACACAAAAGCAAGAAAACUGUCACUUUGUCCAGAUUUGGAGUCUCAGUUAUGACUUUUAUCACAGACGCGUCCCCCGACCUACUUAUUCAAAGUUUUUAACACGGCCAGUUUCUCGUCUACCUCUAAAAAGUGUUUCAUGAAGAGCAGACAUACAAGAGUAACAUGCAUUAAAUCACAAUAUAAGCUCAUUAAUUUUUGAUAAGCUGUGUAAUGACUUCUAUUGAUAUUUGUAAAGAGAGUGUAAUAUUCAAAAGUAACAGGCGGUCAAGUUUUUGUAGAGAACAGCGCAGAUGUUUUCAAGAAAGGAACAGCUUUAUCAUCAACAACGGCCAGUACUACCUGGGUUUGAGUUCCGGGGCGUGACUCUUAAAACUCAACAUUUUGGCACUGUUGGCAGGAUCUUAGAUAGGCUGUAAUGUUGAAAUCUACAGCGGGCUCCUCUCAAUGUGCAAGACAUACCGAAGCAUUACAAUCAGUAAUGAUUACCUCUGCACCACUUUUGAAUACACUAAAACAGUCCCUCUGCUGUCGAGUCAAUGAGUUAGGAAGGUGAUUAGCUGUGAUUUGAAACUUCAACAUUACUUCAACAUACUUUAAAACAUGCAGAAGUGACAGUUCUGAACAAAAACUUUUAAUUUCAGCUUCAAAUGGAGACGUGAAGCAGCAAUCAAGACUGAAGUCCUCUGUGAAAAGCUGUCUGUGUCUGUGCUUUCUGUCUUUACACCGCUGCCAUCCACUGUAAAGAUUCCCGUGUUAGCUUUUUCUCUCUGUGGUGAAGAGUGUGAACAUGAAGCCGUGUGUCUGUUGAGUGCAUUGUCUUCGGACUGCGCUCACUUCAGCUUUUUAAGGGAAGUGCCUGAAGCCUCCUCUUCACCCUGUCCUGAUUUGAAUUUCAGAAAAUAAUGACUGUAAAAAAAAAAGAUUAAAGGUUGAAGUCAUUGGUUUGUCUUUUUUAUAUAAUUCACAUUUUUACCUAUGUAAAAACAGAAUAUAUAUAUAUAAAUGUAUAUGUAUCUAGUGUAUGAUGUACAUUUUCAGUUCUAUUUUUUUAUUGUUUCUAAUAUGAUGGAUGAAAAUCUCAAAACAGAGACGAGACGUGUAUAAAGACAAAUACAUCUUCUGGAACCUGAAAAUUUAA